AUGGGCGCAGACGGGAGACGAUUCAGGAUCAAUAUCACUGGCGUGGAGCAGGGAGCAGUAAGGAGCGCACGCCGUCAAGUUGCAGCCGAGACGAUUGAUUUCGAUAUCACAUCCGUCAUCCUCAACCCGCUGUAUGCAAAUCCAUCUAGUUCUGGCGUACUGGAGAUGAUUCUUCGCAAAGACGAACGGAUCGCGAGGCUAUCCUUCAUGGGACGCAAAGAUAUCAUCAAGUUUCAGCAGGCAGUUACGGGAUUCAAGGCCUUUGACAACUACUGCCAGUACAAUACCAUGGUCAGCUUUGUCGUCUCCGGUAGAGAUGAACCGCUAGUCGAAGACGCCUGUGUCCAGUUUUGGAUUCCAAAGCAGCUUGAUGGCCAGCUGGUAACCAACAAUGAGGCAACGGUGAAGGAAAACGCGAGGUCAGAGUACCAUGCGAAGCAUGUUCAGCUCCUCGAACGUAUUUACCACGAGCCCUACGGAAACAGUUUCCAUGUGGAAUACGUCUGGGCUCGCAGCCCCAUCUCUGUCAAGAAGCCCACCGAGACUUUCACCAGUCAACGGCAUGAGCCCCUUUGGUGGUCGGCCACCUAUAUCUAUCCCACGCCGCCCAGUUGGAGGCGGAUCCAACUCGAGGAGACCGACUGCAAGCCCGACGGCACCGUCAGCAACAUCGCCGUCGAGCCCGCCUUCCUCCAGCUUCUUUCCUAG